AUGCAUGACCUUCCCCGAAAAGCUUUGAUUGCUGUAAGCAGUGCCCAUCCUCCAUUCUACCUGGAUGGGAAGAAAACGGGACUUUCCUUCCCUGAGGCCCUACACCCGUUCAACGAGCUAGUGGAAGCCGGCUUCGAUAUCGAUAUCGCCUCAGAGACUGGCACGUUCGCCUAUGAUGAUCACUCCCUAGAUUCGCACAACCUAUCCCACGAAGAUCAGCGGAUUCUCCAGAGUUUUGAUUAUCCCUUCCACCACAAGAUGAAAAACCAGAUAUUCAAAGCCGGUGAUUUGUCCGCACACGAAUAUGGGCUUUUCUUCGCAGCUGGGGGUCACGGCGCUAUGUAUGACUUCCCGAACGCUCGCCAUUUACAGGCCAUUGCGGAAGAUAUUUACGAUCGUGGCGGUGUCAUUGGUGCCGUGGAUCAAGCUCCUGUUAUUCUCGCAGGGAUACGCUCUCCUGAUGGCGAACCCCUCCUUAAGGGGAAGGAAAUUACGGGCUUUCCGACGAAGGGUGAGGUUGAGCUGAAGGUCAUAGACAAGAUCAGAGAAGACAAUCUCAAAACCGUAGAGGAGAUAGCUCAAGACCUCGACGCUCAUUACCUGCCGCCGGCACAUAACUUCGAUGACUUCAGCCAUAUCGAUUCAAGGAUUGUUACUGGGGCGAAUGCCACGAGUGCUACAAGUACUGUGAGGAAUGCGAUCAAGCUGUUCGAAGGGGCAGUUGCCGAUUUUUAA